AUGUCCCGCCGGAAGCAGAAGCGACCCCAGCAGCUUGUGAACGCGGACCCAGGGGGCACGAGGCUGCUCUCUCACGACGACCACCUCGGGGUGAAGUCCCCCUCCACGUCGCUGGGCUCUGAGUUCACCUCCUCCGGCUCCUCCUCGUCCUCGCCCACCUCGCUGCAGGACUGCCAGCCCCCCCUGGCCCCGCGCCCGUCCCCCGGGGGGCUCCACGCGCCCUCCCUCCCCAGCGAGAGCUCGCCCCCGCCCCACUGGCCCAGCCACAUCGUCCCCUACACCACCUCCCUCCCCAACACACACUCCUCCCUCUCGCCCGACUUCCCUCACCCGUCGCUCUCCUCCCAGACGCGCUCCCCCCCCCUCCUGCUGGCGCAGACCACCCUCCCCCACUCGCUGCACCAGGGCCGCCCCCCCGCCGCCAUGACCUCCCCGACCAUGGGCAGCUCGGCCACCACCACCACCACCUCCUCCUCCUCCUCCUCCUCCUCCUCGCACUGCGUGCCCCAGCACGGGGGCCACAGCCCCCCCGGGGGCCUGGGGGGGCACAUGGGGGCGCCCCCCACCCUGGCCGUGCUGCUGGAGGAGCUGCGGGUGCUGCAGCAGCGGCAGAUCCACCAGAUGCAGAUGACGGAGGAGAUCUGCCGCCACGUGCUGCGGCUGGGCAGCGCCGUCUUCUCCCAGGACCACUCCCAGCAGGGGGGCGGCACCGACGGCCACCACAAGGCCUCCGGGGCCGAGACCCCGUCCCCCACCCAGCCUGCGCCCGGCCUGGCCGCGGGCUCGGCCUCCGGCCUGCUGACGGGGCUGCCCUCCCUCUUCCCCCAGGGGCUGGACUCCUCCAAGCUGAGCCUGUCCCAGUCCCUGGGCGGCAGGGCCCUCCCCCCGUCCCCCUUCUCCUCCUCCUGCUCCCCCUCCAUCACCUCCAGCGUCAGCUCCUCCGUCUCCUCGCUCCACCCUCUGUCGCUGUCGCUGGGCCUCCCGCCGCGCUACCUCCACGAGAAGCCGGUCAACGCCUCCUCGCCGUUCGGACACGCCAACGGGCUGGGCUUCCCCGCGGGGCCGCCCCCGCUGCCCGCCAACGGCGCCCAGGACCCCCUGGGGCCCGGCUCCUCGCUGGGCCGGGCGCAGCACGCCUGCCGCUUCUGCGGGAAGGUGCUGAGCAGCGACUCGUCGCUGCAGAUCCACCUGCGCUCGCACACGGGCGAGCGGCCGUACCAGUGCCCCGUCUGCUUCAGCCGCUUCACCACGCGCGGGAACCUCAAGGCGCACUUCCUGCGGCACCGCGAGCAGAACCCCGAGCUGUCGCUGUCCCUGCUGCCCCCGGCGCUGGCGGACAUGCCCGGCCCGCCGCCACCGCCGCCGCCUAGCUCCUCCUCCUCCUCCCAGAGACGCAGGAAGCGUCGUGCCGAAGAGGAAGAGCCCUUCGGCGGCGUGAAGGGCAUGACGGAGAGCAUGGCGCUGGGCUUCCUGUCGCCCCACCCCUCGCCCUCCUCCCUGCCGCUGCCGCCAUCGGUGGACAUGGCGCUGCUGUCCACCGCCCACUCGCUGCUGCAGCUCAACCGCGCCUCGGCGGCGGCAGCAGCCGCCAGCGCGUCGGGCGCGGGGCUGACCGCCACCACCUCCUCCUCCUCCUCCUCGCCGAUGAACGGCCAGGCCAAAGGCGCCAAGCUGCAGCGCUUCGACGAGAACACGCCGCCGGGCUCGGCGCUGCACGCCGCCUCGCCCUACUCCCAGCUCGCCUCCCACCUCCCCAAGAUCCUGUUCCCAGGCGGGGCGGCCCCCCACCACCUGGCCCUGCUGCGGCCCCCCGGCCACACGGCCGCCGGCCACAUGGCCUCCCCCCACCAGCUGCCCUUCCCCUUCCCGCCGUUCCCCAAGCCGUCCACCUCCUCCCCGUCGCCCACCUCCUCCUCCCCCACCUCGGACACCUCCAAGCUGCAGCGGCUGGUGCAGAAGCUGGAGAAGCAGCCGCGGGGGGCCGUGUCCUCGGGGCCCCCGCCCGCCGCCUCCACCUCCUCCAUGAUCUUCAGCCAGGCGGCGCUCCACGCCGACGCCUUCGGCCACGACCUGAGCUCCACCUCCAACGCCUACCGCCGGGAGAUGCUGGCCGCGCUGGGCCUCAGCCCCAACACGGGCGCCCUGAUGGGGGCCCACGGGCUCCCGGGGGCCGCCACCUCAACCACCUUCACGGCCCCCCUGCUGCCGGCGGCGCUGGCGGCCAACCAGUGCGGCGUCUGUCUGCGCGUGCUGAGCUGCCCGCGGGCGCUGCGGCUGCACGCCGCCACCCACCUGGGCGAGCGGCCCUACCCCUGCAAGCUGUGCGGCCGCUCCUUCUCCACCAAGGGCAGCCUGCGGGCCCACCUGGCCACGCACCGCGCCCGGCCCCCCAAUGCCCGCGCUCAGAACUCCUGCCCGCUCUGCCCCCGCAAGUUCACCAACGCCCUGGUGCUGCAGCACCACAUCCGUCUGCACCUGGGGGGGCAGAUCCCCCCGGAGGAGGACACGCCCCCCGAGGACCUGCCCCCCCCCGAGGCCGCCCAGCUCCUCCCCCUGGCGCUCACCGUGAGCAGCGCCGCCAAGUCAGCCGCCGCCAACGGCCCCGUCUCUGGCUCCGCCCCCAGGCCCCCGCCCCCCCCCGCCGCUCCCGUCUCGGUGAAGAUGGAGGAGACGGAGGCCGCCGCCCCCAGCGCCAGCCCCCCGCCCCCGGCCUGGGACCCCCCCCCAGCAUGGGCCCCCGAGGACCCCCUGCUCCCGGGCGCAGCCCCCCUGGUGGGCGGCGGCCCUUUGACCGGCGCCGUAUCCUCGGAGGAGGCCGGCCCCCUGGCCCGGGGCCCCCCCAGCCCUCUGAAGGCCCCCGCUGGGCCCCUCACCAACGGCCUCCCCGGGGCCCCAGAGGGGGAGGGGGAGGGGGCGACUGGGGACCAGGAGGGCCCGCUCUCGCUCUGCGUCUCCAAGCCGACCGCACCCCCCCCCGCCGCCGCCGCCGAUGCCCCGCCGCCCGGUACGGGCCCCGAGCCAGACCCUCCGGCCGCCAGCGCCUCUCCCGCCCCCACGCCCCCCACCAGCCCCAAGCCGGCCCCCCCGUCGGAAGAGGCCUCGGAGGAGGGGGGGCCAGACCCCGCCCCACAGACCAAAGGGGAGGAGCCCGGGGAAGCGGCAGCCGAUCCUCCGCAGGAGGAGGAGCCUGUGACGAAGGAGGAGGAGUCCAGCGCCCCCGAGCCCCCGGCCCCGCCCCCGGCCGCGCCCGCCCGGCCGGACAAACCCUACAGCUGCUCCCAGUGUGGGAAGGCGUACGCCAGCCGCAGCGGGCUCAAGGGCCACAUGAAGACUCACCCUGCAUCGACCACCACCACGCCCUCCAAGGCUCCGGCCAAUGGCAGUGAGGCAGCGGAGGGAAACGGCUCGGCCAAUAAGGUCGAGCAGGAGGACGGGCCGGGAUUGGCCAAAAGCUCUGAGAAGGACACUCCCCCAAUCAGUGUGGCGACCAAUGAGGAAGAGGAGAAGCUUAUGGAUACUACUGUGUAGAGAUGAUGAGAUUAUCGCUGGUGGCCUGUUGUCUGAAGGGCCGUGACAAGGGAAUGUAACUCGUUUGGUUUUCUUCUAUGACAUUAUUUUUUUCUAGAGCUUAAUUCUUCUUGUAUAUUUUGUUUUGCGGUAGUCCUAUAGAUCCACUCUGUCAGUGUGUGACGCGCUACUUUGGUGCCGACUCAAUUUGGCGACGUUAUUUUUGUUCUCGGCGAGGCCUUACGUCCCAUGGUUCAGUAUUCGGGAGCUCACGACUUCUGCGUCUGUGCUUUUCUAUUUCUUGAACAAAUAUUAUCCAGGACCGAUGUGUACAGCAAACGGCUGCUGUAGAAACGAGAUUGUUACAGCCAGAGGCGCCGAGGACCUUGGUUUACUCGCGUCCGGAGUCGAUUCUUGUUCCUCCUGCGUGAGGAAAUGGCCGCCAGGUGUCGGGAGAAAUGUAAAAAAAAAGAAAAGGGGAUUGUGGACGGCGCUCAUCCUGCUGCCUGAUCGACUGUGCUAAAAACUGUUAUUUGUUAACACAAGUAUUUUCUUUUGAAAACAAUUGUAUUUUCACUGCUGUAAUGUUUCUCGACCUGCAGUAAUAAAGAAGACCACUACAAUAGUGAGCAAUACUGGUGAUGUUUGUCUGUAGUGCCUUUCUGAGGAGGAACCCAGUCCGCCUUUAACCCAAACAAACCAAAUGAGACCGGUGCGGGUCUCUCUGGACCUCCUGAACCCUCUGUGAUGACAUGAUGCUCAACAUGUCUGUGUGUUUGGUCUCACUGGCUCUCCUCCACUAGAAACACAACAUGGGGAUUAUUGUGAUUUCCAUGACGAUGAUAUCCAUGUCACUGAUGGGUGUGGAAUGUAGAAAAUGGCCGUACUCAUAAAUGAUUGUAUUUUGUUUUUUAUUUGAUUGUGAUGGUGGCCGGUUUGAAACGUUGGCUCUACUGUGGGUCUCGGGCGGCGAAGGGCCAUGUUAUGUGUUAGUGGUUCACCUUUAGUGCCAGGUGAACCUCUCU